AUGACAUUUGCUGGCUCCAUCUUACUUGAGAAUAGAAACAGAAGCGGCUUUCUUAUUAACGAUAAUGAUGUUCAAGAGUUUGAGGGGCUUAAUUUUAAGAUUAAAAUCGAGUCAAUUCCCAGUUCGGUUAAUAAUGCCAGGUUAUGUUUUUUGGAUACGAAUAAUAAUGAAAUUUCAAUUCCGAAACAAAUUAUAUGUAACGAUGUGAGCGAUAAUAGAAAUAUUAUUAACAACAUUCCUUUUCCGGGUACUCAAUCUUUUUUAAUUGAACAUCUUCAUCCAUGGAUAUUUAGUGCUAGUAGUUUAAGAAAACUUUUUGAAAGGUGGUGUUAUAAAGGAGAAGGAAAUAAAAAGGUUGUAGUAAUGCGUCCAGAACGGUGA